CGCCUGCAUCUGGCCCUGUCGCACACCCUCUCUCCAUCGGUACGGCAGGUAGAAAGUAUAUGUAGGAGCCAGAGCUCGGAACCUACGAGAACCCACUUGCACUCAGCGGGCCCUGUUUAUUAUCAUACUUUCGUCACCCCAACACCGCGGCUGAAAAACACUGAUCCCUCCCCUCUCGCGCCUGCGAGCACUUGUCACACCCCUCACCUCAAGCCGUCACAAGCUGUCCCGCACACUUGCUGUGCUGACCUCGCCUGA